UCCACCGCGCCGCGCAGAACCGCAGGCGCUCGGCUGGCUAAGCCUGCGCGGGGCCGCCUCGCUCGCUCCCAGCUCCUCCAGCGGCCCGCGGGGCCCGAUCGCAGCGCCCGCGGCCAGGGCGGAGGCAGGCGCUAACCUGGGGCCGGGCGGCCCGCGCCUUUCGGAACAUGGCAACCGGUGUGUUUCUCAUCCCGGAAGGAGAAGACUUUAGCCACUGUGAUGCCUGAGAAUCCAGUGUGACGUUUCUCCAGGUACUUCAUGCUGUUCGCCUCUGUCCUCGCCACGCCGCUGCUGCGCACGACUCCUGAACCAUGGGGGAGAACGAGGACGAGAAGCAGGCCCAGGCGGGGCAGGUUUUUGAGAACUUUGUCCAGGCGUCCACGUGCAAAGGUACCCUCCAGGCCUUCAACAUCCUCACACGACAGCUGGACCUAGACCCUCUGGACCACAGAAACUUUUAUUCCAAGCUCAAGUCUAAGGUGACCACCUGGAAAGCCAAAGCCCUGUGGUACAAACUGGAUAAGCGUGGUUCCCACAAGGAGUAUAAGCGAGGGAAGUCGUGCACGAACACCAGGUGUCUCAUCGUUGGAGGAGGACCCUGUGGCUUGCGUACUGCCAUUGAACUUGCCUACCUGGGAGCCAAAGUGGUCGUGGUGGAGAAGAGGGACACCUUCUCCAGGAACAACGUGCUACACCUCUGGCCUUUCACCAUCCACGAUCUUCGGGGCCUGGGAGCCAAGAAGUUCUAUGGGAAGUUCUGUGCUGGCUCCAUCGACCAUAUCAGUAUUCGCCAGCUACAGCUCAUUCUAUUCAAGGUUGCCCUGCUGCUGGGAGUUGAAAUCCAUGUGAAUGUGGAGUUUGUGAAGGUUCUAGAGCCUCCUGAAGAUCAAGAAAAUCAAAAAAUUGGCUGGCGGGCAGAAUUUCUCCCUGCAGACCACUCUCUGUCGGAGUUUGAGUUUGAUGUCAUCAUUGGUGCCGACGGCCGCAGGAACACCCUGGAAGGGUUCAGAAGAAAAGAAUUCCGUGGGAAGCUGGCGAUUGCCAUCACCGCCAACUUCAUAAACAGAAACAGCACAGCGGAGGCCAAGGUGGAAGAGAUUAGCGGUGUGGCUUUCAUCUUCAAUCAGAAAUUUUUUCAGGACCUUAAAGAAGAAACAGGCAUAGAUCUUGAGAACAUUGUUUACUACAAGGACUGCACCCACUAUUUUGUCAUGACAGCCAAGAAGCAGAGCCUGCUGGACAAAGGUGUCAUCAUUAAUGACUACAUCGACACAGAGAUGCUGCUGUGCGCGGAGAACGUGAACCAGGACAACCUGCUCUCCUAUGCCCGGGAAGCUGCAGACUUUGCCACCAACUACCAGCUGCCAUCCUUAGACUUUGCCAUGAACCAUUAUGGUCAGCCCGACGUGGCCAUGUUUGACUUCACCUCCAUGUAUGCCUCAGAGAACGCGGCCCUGGUGCGGGAGCGGCAGGCACACCAGCUGCUCGUGGCCCUCGUGGGUGACAGCUUGCUUGAGCCAUUUUGGCCCAUGGGUACAGGCUGUGCCCGUGGCUUCCUGGCAGCCUUUGACACAGCAUGGAUGGUGAAGAACUGGAACCAGGGCACCCCGCCCCUGGAGCUGCUGGCUGAAAGGGAAAGUCUCUACCGGCUGUUACCUCAGACAACCCCGGAGAACAUCAACAAGAACUUUGAGCAGUACACGUUGGACCCAGGGACGCGGUACCCAAACCUCAACUCACACUGUGUCCGGCCCCAUCAGGUGAAGCAUUUGUACAUCACUAAGGAGCUGGACCGCUACCCUCUCGAGAGACUGGGCUCAGUGAGGAGAUCUGUCAGCCUCUCCAGGAGGGAGUCAGAUAUCCGGCCCAGUAAGCUCCUAACCUGGUGCCAGCAGCAGACAGAGGGCUACCGGCAUGUCAACGUCACUGACCUGACCACAUCCUGGCGCAGCGGCUUGGCCCUGUGUGCCAUCAUCCACCGCUUCCGGCCUGAGCUCAUCAACUUUGACUCUUUGAAUGAAGACAAUGCUGUGGAGAACAACCAGCUCGCAUUUGAUGUGGCCGAGCGAGAGUUUGGGAUCCCUCCAGUGACCACGGGCAAAGAGAUGGCAUCUGCCCAGGAACCUGACAAGCUCAGCAUGGUCAUGUACCUCUCCAAGUUCUACGAACUCUUCCGGGGCACGCCGCUGAGGCCCGUGGAUUCUUGGCGCAAAAACUAUGGAGAAAAUGCUGACCUGAGCUUGGCCAAAUCAUCCAUUUCUAAUAACUAUCUCAACCUCACAUUUCCAAGGAAGAGGACUCCACGAGUGGAUGGUCAAACCGGAGAGAACGACAUGAACAAACGGAGGCGGAAGGGCUUCAACAACCUCGACGAGCCUUCCAACUUUUCCAGCCGUAGCUUGGGCUCCAGUCAAGAGUGUGGGAGCAGUAAAGAAGGUGGAAAUCAGAACAAAGUCAAGUCCAUGGCAAAUCAGCUGCUGGCCAAGUUUGAGGAGAGCACUCGGAACCCCUCACUCAUGAAGCAGGAAUCAAUGCGAAAGUCAUUUCCCCUGAACCUGGGAGGCAGUGACACGUGUUACUUCUGCAAGAAGCGUGUGUACGUGAUGGAGCGGCUGAGCGCCGAGGGCCACUUCUUCCACCGGGAGUGUUUCCGCUGCAGCGUCUGCGCUACCACCUUGCGUCUGGCCGCCUACACCUUUGACUGCGACGAAGGCAAGUUUUACUGCAAGCCUCACUUCAUUCACUGCAAAGCCAAUAGCAAACAACGGAAGAGACGGGCAGAGCUGAAGCAACAAAGAGAGGAGGAGGCGACAUGGCAAGAGCAGGAAGCCGCUCGACGAGACACUCCCACCGAAAGUUCUUGCGCCGUGGCCGCCAUUGGCACCCCGGAAGGCAGCCCCCCAGGUAUCUCCACCUCCUUCUUUAGGAAGGCGCUGGGCUGGCCCCUCAGGCUGCCGAGGGACCUGCGUAACUGGAUGCAGGGACUCCUGCGAGCCAUUGGCCUCCAUGUCAGGGACAAUGCUUACAACUACUGCUACAUGUACGAGCUCCUGAGCCUGGGGCUGCCGCUCCUCUGGGCGUUCUCUGAGGUCCUGGCAGCCAUGUACAGGGAAUCAGAGGUCUCCCUUGAGAGCAUCCGCGACUGGGUGCUCAGGUGCUUCCCAGUCAAGCUCCGCUGACACGCCUGGCUGCCCCAAAGUGCCUUCACAUUUCCAGGGUUCAGAUGGCAGUGCGUCUGCAGUUUGCUCAGGCUCUGGCCGGGAAGCCUAGCAUUCUCUAAGCAAUUAGCUCAAAGCCAAAGAGCUUCACGUGGGCCACUCCGCCUGGCCUUAUCAGGGUGAACAUCUACUCAUGAUGCCAGGGCCAGCGGCGACAUGAAGGAUCUUUUCUAUAGUUUUGUACUUUUAUAUGUAUACACCAAAGUGAGCCGUAUUUCUGGGUUUACAUUUCAAUUUUUUAAUAAGCCUAGAGAAAGCAUUUUUUAUAUGAGUGUCAGUUUUUCUAAAUAUGGAGGUUUGAAGUUUGUAACCAGCUUUAUAAACCCCUUCAACCUUGCAGUGAGUUGGCAGAGCCACUGCCUGCUGAGUGAAUGAUUUGGGAUUUUACAUACAUGAAAGGGAGUGUGCCACCUCCUGACCAGUGCCUUUUGACUUAGGUGCCCAGAUGCCACUUGUCAACAGCGGGAUACUUUCUAUAACAUGAAAGCAUAAUUAUUUUAGAAGAAGAGAGUAAAGUGCAGAAUAGAAUUCAACCUACAAAAGCACAGAGUAGUGUGUGGUUGGCUGUUAUCUGUCCCCCUGCAGGGAGGACUAUUUUGCUCCCUUGUUUUGAUGUUAAAUAAUACCUUAAAGGCUUCUCCACCCUAUAUCAAAUCACAGCCAAAUGACAAAGAACCAAGGGUUUCAACAGAUUUUACAAACAUAUAUUUUCCCUUCCCACUAAUGGGCACGGCAGUGCAAGCCCACUGGGGUUUGACCACAGAGCUGACGCGGUGCUGAAGAUGAGCACUUUCAGCUGAUGUCAUUUUAGCCCCUGCGGCUCCCAUCAGAUCCCCCAGCCAGGCUGCAGGCUGAGCCAAGGGCAUGCUGGUUCCAUAUGGGUCAGGCCGAGUGGAGUGGAAGACUCUGCCCGCUCAUGUGGUGUCCUUAGAGACUGAGGGGGUUUGUUAGCACAUCGGGUUGUUGCUGGGAAGCGUGGCCUGCCCAGUGAGCGUUGCCCGUGGACAUCGGGACUGCUUAGCUGCUCUACUGCCGUGCAUAUGUGGUCAAAAUAGAAACCAUUUUCACACUGCCCCGGCAAAGGAAUGGGUCUGACCUCCAGGGGAAGCUCUACUGUAUCUUGACUGGCAGGGAGGGCUGGGAGUGGAAGCUGUUUAUGGACUGAUCCAAAGGAAACAUGCCUUAGUAAGGGUAAAAAUGAACAUGUAGGCCCAGCUACAUUCCUCACUCUGGGUGUCUGGAAGAGUCCUCAGCUCUGCCUACUCCACGCUGCCUAGACAUGCGCAGCUGCAGGGUCUGGCUGAACAGUCAAGAGGCUGCUGGAGAAAGGCCGUCUGCAGUGCUCAGUGUAUCUGGAGUUGCUGAACCCAAGAUAGCUCUAUGCAGUUAUCACUAGAGAUGCCUCUGGAUUAACUAAGAGGGAUGCGUGGGUGUGGGUGAGGAGCCAGAGCUCUUGAGAGCUUUGAGAUGAUAAGUUUAUAUGGGAUGGAAAGAAAGAAGGAAGUGCAUUUCUGCAAAUACUUCCCUGAAAUCCUUGGGAAGAACAGAGGCAUGGUCAUGGCCAACUCUGUGGGAGCUGGCACCUCUGUCCUUGCUGCCACUGUUCUCAGUCCCUUGACUUGCAUUGUGUUCUCUCCAAUUUUUGCUGGGAUUUUAAUGUUUGACAUGGUGGGAGGAGUCCUUGAUUCCUUUUGUUUGAUCACAGAAAGUAAAUUCUCGAGGUCAUGAUGUGAACAGCCAUGUUAUUGUGAUUAUCUUCAGCUCAGGGUAGGCUGAGAUGCUUUGUGGAGUGCUCCAUGAAGCCAGAGUCAGAAUCUCUAAGACUGUCAUGUACAGCCAUAAGGAGACUGGUUUGAUUUACUGUGGUGAGACAGGGUGUGCCUGUCAGGAGUUUGAGAUGUUGGUAUGCUCUGAGACCUUGAACCUUUCUGGUGGGCAGCAUCAGCACGCAGGGGUGGACCCCAGAGGGUGAGUGCCUCGAGGCCUCCACAACAUCUUUAAGAAUAAGAAGGAGAUGCUAGAGUAAAAUGGGAGCAGAGAGGAUAUCGGGGACAAGUCGCAAACUGCGUGCAUCCACUCUUAUAAGUAAGUAGCUGGUGACAACCAGAAAGGUUCAUCUCUCCUAAGCAAACAGGGACGUUUCCCUUUUUCAGUAAUUGCCUUAUUUUCAACGCCAGUGCCUUCUCGUGAUGUUCAUUUCCUUUUCUCCCCACACUAAGAUGCCUUUUCUGUCUUUCUCUUUCCAAUCUCACACCAUGGCCAUCAGUUCAUUUCAGCCUUCCAGUGCUACACCCACUUCUUGGCUGACACAUUUCUGCUCUGAGGUGACUGGUUUUCUUGCCAAUUUUCAGAGAGUGGUACUAACCCCCCACCCGCUUUCCGCACCCCGCCCUCCCCGCCAGUGGUAACCGGUUGCGCUAAGUGUGUCUUGCGUACUGAUGGACUCAUUUGGUGGCAUGGCUGGUUAACAGCAUGGGGGAGGUGUUCAGCUUCAGAGUCAUGUCUGUGUCUAUUUCCUGUGGAGCCGGCAGCGUGGUCAAUCCCAAGCGCAUGUCCCGCCUCUCCUCUCUCCCUUGGGCAUACUUGCGUGCAUGCUUUUCCAGUUGCACCUGCGAAGCCACCUUACUUUCUUGGGAGGGUUGACCCUGAUCUUGAGACAGUACCAUGAGGGGGGCUCCGUCACCUUUGAAAAGAACACUUUUUGAGCAGCCUCGAAAAGUUCAUACACACCAGCCCCUUCUUAAAUUGGCUCUAAUGUAAAGAUUGUUAAUGUCAUUGAUCAGAACCAUAGGUGAUUCUUUGGAGGGAUUUAAGAAACGUAAUUACUCCAGGCCUCAUCCCAAGCUUGACCCAUGCUCUGCAGGUUGAACAUGCGAUCACAAAUAUCCCAGCACGUCCUGCCUCGGUUGGGACCUGCACUGUAGAUGAAGGGUUUUGCUGUGGCUUUUCUUAUCUGCUUUGGUUCAUAAAGCCCCAGAUGAUGCCAGAGCUUCAGUUAGAGCCAUCUUCAUCCCAAGCAGGGAUAUCUUUGAGAAAUGACCCAGUUCUGCCCCAGGCCCCUGUGACUCUUCUUAAAGCACACAUUCCUGCUGACUCUUGUACCUGCGGCAGCGGGAUAAUCACUAACAUGCUCUCAAUGAGAAACAACACACCAAGCACAGUGGAGCUGUCCUAGGCAACCCCUGUGGUCUCAGACUGGUGGGCGUCUGUCCUGCACGCAACCCAGACCGCCCCGACCCCUGGGCCUGCCUGCCCGGCCCUGCAUGCUGCACGCUCGCUGCGUUUGUGCAGAUCCUGGCCAGUACGAAGUUGUUGCUCUUGUCUUAUCUUCUCUUACAGAGUCUCCCUCCCUUUAUAGAAUGUCAACCAAAGAGUGCCCUCCUCCCCCUCAGCCUCCUCUUUAGCUAGCCUCCCCACCUCAUCACUACGCAUGUCUGUGACCUUUGGUAAUCAUUUACAGUGCCACACGGAACCCUGUAUUUUGCACACAGCAAAACAAUGUUUAGCUUUAUUUAUGGUAUUUGAUGCUGUAAAUGGAAAUAAAUAUUGUUCUUUAUAAAGCUCA